AUGAGUGUACAACACCAUAAUGAAAAGGCCCAACGCUAUAUUCAACAGCUAGACGUGGCACGUAUUACUUCCAGUUGGAAAGAUGUUCCCGAGUUGAUUCGAAAGAUUACAAAACACGCCUCCGGUCGCAAGCGCCUGUUACAGGUUGCAAAGGCUGAAGUUGAUGUCAUCAACUAUGCCACUGCUGCCCGCAGACCCGGCACUUCCGAAUCCACAAAGCCUUCUUUACAAUCCGUCUCUGCUUUGCAAGCGGAAAUCAAGCCGAGCGAACAUCCAGACGAAGAGACCCUCCAAGGCCAAUCAUGCUUGCUCUGGGCACGCUGGAUCGGAUAUCAUCAGAAAGAGACCGCCAGUUCGACAUUAACAUUUGACCCUGCGCGAGCAGCUGCGGAUGCGAAUUCUACUUGGACGAAGAUUUGUGUGGUAAAGGCUGCAUAUAUCCAGGGAAUGCUUCUUAGCCAGGAAGGGCUGGGCAAGCAGGGCAAUGAUGUAUACCAAACAAUCUUGCCGUGGCUAGAUUCCAAUCGCAGCCUUGUGGUGUCUACACCGCAACUCCUCUACUGGGCGCAGCAACUACUCGGACAGGUUGCGUUAGGCAACAGAGCACCGGAUGACUCUGCUCUCGAUUUCGACGGAUCGUCAAAUUUCAGGUUACAGGCUUUCCGCCACUGGGCAGUUCUUACUGUGAAGAGUAAGCCUGUCUCCUCUUUAGCCUACGGAAAUGCACGGGGUCAUUUGUCAAGCCUUACAAUGUGGAGGACGUAUUACAGGUUUAUGUCAGGCAUUCUACACCAACGGCCCGGGGCUGGUCAAAAUGUGGCUAUUAGUCGAUCCGAGCUGGCUGUGGAGCUCCGUCGAGUGGAGACAUCAUACGAAAGCGAGUUACUACGAAACGCACAUUUCCCAAAGGCCAUCGAAUCAAACAAGCCUGUGGAGGACUGGGUUGAGGAAGUCGUUGGGAAUUGGCUCAUUCUCUGUGGCUCCAACUGGACUGAAUCUGAUCUUGGUGACGGCGGUCGAAAUUCUGUAGGAAGGAAUGUGUUGGAGAUCCUGUAUCGUGCAGCGACCAAGACAUUUCACUCAACCCUCAUUCUCCGGAGAUUGUUUCAGCUACACAAGGCUCUUGCCGAUUUCGAUCUUGCUUAUAAGGCCCUGGAUACGUAUGUUGAACUGAUGGACAGUGGCAGAGCGCGAGCUGCUAAAUCCAAUGAGGCUGCAAUGGGGCAAGACAGUGAUGAGCUCUUUCUGCAGACAAUCUCCGAGGCUAUCGAGGGGCUUUGUUCUCAUGGAGGUCAGGCCGAAGCGGAAAAGGCGUAUGAUCUAUGCCUUAAAGUGGAAGGUCUUCUCGAUGAGCUUGGACUUUUUUUGCCUCAUGAAGAACCAAAUGGAGGAACAGCAAUCGGCGGACGAGUUUAUGGCGAUUGCCCUCUGCGAGAUCCAUUGUCACCGACCCUUACCGACACGGUCUAUCGGGCGAUCGGUAUCGGGAAGUCGCAAUGGGCACGGUGGACUCCUUUCAGCGAGAAUCGGUCUUCGCUGCAGUCCGAGGCUAUUGGGUGUCUUCAAAAGGCAUCCCGGCAGGACGUAUCACCUCAUCAGCAGCUUAAAACUAUGUUUGCGCUCGCCUGCCUGCUUGCGGAGACUCGGGAGAUUGACCAGGCAGUAGCGAUUGCGAAGAGAGCACUUGCGUCUCAGCCGCCAGAGCAUGAGGUGGAGAGCUCUUACCAAGUGCAGAGAAAUCUGAUACCAUUUUGGCAUCUGCUCUCUCUGCUACUGACCUCCAGACAGGACUUUGGAACAGCGAGUCAGAGUUGUGCAGCAGCAUUUGAGCAAUUUGAGCCAUCCGAUGUGAUCUUUGGAACACUCUCUGAUGAGUCAGGGGUGAGUGAGACGUCAGGAGUCGGGCCACGGAAAGGAGGCCUUGUUGAUGACAUGGAAGGGGAUGAGUUAAGGAGGAUCAUUGAAAUACGAAUCACGGAACUCGCAUUGACUGAGCUCAAUGAGGGACAUGAGCACGCGGUCAAUAGUAGUAACGACUUGCUGGGACUCUAUUCACGUUUAUUCGGCCGACUAGGUGGCCUCACGAGUCCGGACAACAGCUCCAAGCCGAAGUUGAUGCAACCACCGAAGAGCUCGGCAGGAACGGUGAAAAGCUCUCAUGCUAGCCUUUUUUCCAGGAGAAAGGUAGGCCAGUCCAACGAAUCGACCAAAGGGUCGCGGACAGUCAAUGGAGCAUCGAUACCAGAAGAAGCGACACGGCCAAACACUCGAGCGACACAGGCGACUGAUGCACCUACUAUCCACGUGACAAACGAAGACGAAGCGGCGUCGCCACCGAAGCACCGCCUGUUUAGAACAUCACAUGAGCAUAAUAGAAAUGAGAAGCGGAACUCACCCGGGAAACCGCAAGGGAACCGGCCUAGACAUCGACUCUCACGAUCGAGAAGCCGUGGUAGGCGAGAAGAUGUGACAAGUCACGAAUCAAACGACAGACCGUCAUAUGAAACAGGCAAAGCGAAAGGACCAAAUCCGGCAAGCACUGAAGACUCUGCCCAGGACAAGCUAGGAACCAUCCCUUCGCAGGAAGUUCCGGCAAUCCGACCUGAAACCGGGCACGACACGAGUGAAAGGGCCAAACAACCGUUGAAACCAAUUCCUCAUAACCUGGGGUCACACGAUGAAAUACCACUUCCUGCGAAGCACGAUGUUCAACCACCAGAACAAGACGUCCGAUUGCCUGUGGGAAAGCCAAACAGUGCGGUGUCGGACAUGGUGCCUCGAUUCCCGCGAGCCAUGGCACAAAGACAGGCGUGGACGGUUCUGGUCAAGAUCUGGCUGGUGAUAGCUACUCUCUAUCGUCGGUCGAAGAUGUUUGAGGAUUCUCGAGAAGCCUGUGACGAAGCUGCCAAGGUGGCACUCCGGGUCGAGACGUUGGUUGCAAGCGUGGAGAGUUCGGCUCGAGCAUUCUGUCAAGCAGGCUGGGGCGUUGGGAGCAAAAGCUCGGAUGAACUGUGGGCGGACGUCUACUUUGAGCGGGCGGAAUUGCUUCUGGCGAUCGCACGUGAACGCGAGGAAAAAGAAGGCGGCGGCAUAUCUGAAGGGGUUCGAGAGGCCGUGGAGCAGUAUGAGCAAUGUCUGAUGUAUUUCCACAACCACGCUGGAGGGAUGGUGGGACUCAGCAAUGUUCUACUGGACUACUACGAACGCAAGGUGGAACUUGGAAAGAAAGUUGAUGGAGCCAAGCCAGCUUUGAGUGCGGUGGCUGCGCGUACCGCGAAGGGAGAAGAGUCAGUGGAGGAGCGUCCGCGAAGACAUCGGAGGGAUUUCUCACGACAAUCUAUAGAGGAUCCUGUAGCUAACGGCACUGUGGAGAGCACGAUGAGAGCAAGUGAGCACUCACAACGAAUCAAGGAGGAUGAGCUUAAGAAGACACCCGAGAAUCUGAAUCGGCUCGCAGCUCGAGAUCGGGCAUACGGACUUCUGACAACGCUGACGAAGCUGGGGAGCGGAUGGGACAACUCUGAGGCAUGGCUCGCAUUGGCUCGGGCGAACGAAUUGGGAGGGGAAGUUGAGAAGGCAAAAGAAAUACUUUGGUGGUGUGUCGAGCUGGAGGAUACACGUCCUAUCCGACAUUGGCACAAUAUUGGGGGUGGAUAUGUUCUCUGA